CACCGCCUCCGUCCUGUUCCGUCCGUCCCGUCACAUCACCGUGCUCCGCAGAGCGCACGGUGUGCGUUGUUCCGUGCGCGUCGCGUCGCGUUGCACGCAGCGCGUCCGCUCAGCUGUUGUCUCGGCCCCGGAGAAUAAGUGAAGUGACAGUAGUACAUAUCCGCGUAUCUCGCGGUGGUGCGCGAUGUGGAAAUCAAUUUCGUGAAGGCGGCGGCGGCGGCGGUGGUCGAGGUGGCCCGCGUUACGAGCGGCAGCGCGUUACAACUGCUGCUGCUGCUGCUGCUGCUGCUGGAAAUCCGCGGCGUCGGGAAAGAUGAACGGGAGUCUGGGGAUAACGCGCGGCCCGGAGCAACAUCCACUGCGGUUCGCGGAUUAUUUCGUCAUAUGCGGCCUCGACAAGGAUCUGGGUCUUGAGCCGGACAGGUAUUUCGGUGACUCAUUGCAAUGCACACCCCUGGAUCGAGCGUACAAAACCAAAGUAUUAGGACAUUAUCCAGACUCGGUACCAUGGAAUCCAUUCGACGAACAUGCUGUCUGCAUGCUUUGUCUGCCAAGCGGUUUGCGAUUUCGUACGCAAAAGCACUCGGUGGAGCCGACCUUCCAUUCCUUCGUCCUCACGAAAGAAGACGGCCACAGGACGUACGGAUUCAGUCUCGUUUUCUACGAGGAGUGCCGCAAUCGCAAAAUAUGUGCCGCUAUGCAAACGUUACAAGCGAUGCACAUUACAGAGCUUAGCAGUGGUCAAAACGGCACGCCUCCUACUGCGAGGAAGGGUCAGGAUGGACAUAACACGAGAUCGCUGCCACGUCAUUUUAAAUUAUCAGCCCAUUCACCCGGUGCUGCGUUAGGAUACUAUGACUCUACCAAAGACAAAUUGCUAGUGACCAAAUCAAUAUCCUUGCUAUGCCAACAACCUUACCUCCAUGCGGCAAAGACGUUCCUCACUAAUCUCUAUAAGUGUGUUCCUAGACAUCCCGGACCUGGUCUUAGUUUAGAAUCUUACGUGUAUAAUCUUCUGUAUAAUGUACCGAUACCGUUACCUGGCAAAUCGUUGAAGUUUUUUGUACCUAAUGACGAACCAGCGAAAUCGCCGCUGGAACUAGUUAUUCAUCAACCAUCUCCAUCAUUAGAAUUACCGAUGUUGGACUAUCCUCUCAAGGACGUAUUUACGUGGCUGGGUGCAGACUGCCUAAUCCAGUUGUUCACAUGCGUGCUAUUAGAGAACCAAGUUCUCUUGAGAAGCGCUGAUUUUCACAAGCUGAUGGUGGUAUCGGAGUGCAUAACGGCGCUCUUGUUUCCUUUCUCAUGGCAACACGUUUACGUACCGAUAUUACCCGCCAGUCUGCAUCACUUCCUAGAUGCACCUGUGCCCUUUAUAAUGGGUCUACAUGCGCACAGUGAGGGUGGCGUAUUAAAAAUCGCUAGCGAAGCAAACCUUUGUUAUGUAGAUAUAGAUAAGCAAAGUAGCCAAUUUCCGGAAGAAUUACCCGUAUUUCCUCAUAAAAUGCAAUUUAUUACUGAGAUCAGAGCGCUUCUAAACAAGUACAAAAUACCACAUUCAGGAAAGACUGAUAACAUGGUCAUUAAUUAUUACAAUGGUGACAUCAUGACCAGCAGUUUGACGCUUCCCGGUUCUGGUUUUCAUCUUCCUCGCAGAAAACAUUCUUUGCACGAUGUGCUGGAUUGGGAUCGGCCAGAAUCAGGGCCACAAUCGGACAAUUUGCAAAGAAUAGUGGAUAUUGUUAAGACAACAAUGAACGUUGAUGAUGUUGACCCUAUAGAGGAUACCACAGAAAAAAUACUCACGCCGCAGGAAGAAUAUCAAGGGACUCUUAUCUUUAAUAGUGCUAUUAGAGAGAUCUUUUUAAACCGUUUUGUACAAAUGUUUUCUAGUUAUGAACAUUUUGUUAUUCAACCGAGUCAGGACAAGGAUGAAUGGAUAAAUAAUAGGGAUAGUAUGCAUGUUUUCGAUAAGGCCACGUUUUUAUCUGAUCAACCGACUCAGCAUCUGCCGUUUUUGUCGAGAUUCUUAGAAACGCAGAUGUUUGCUUCUCUUGUUGACAGCAAAGUGAUGUCAACGUGGAGUGAACUUGACUGUAACAUUAAAGUUUUUGACCAAAGAAUCUCCGCUCUGAAGAAGAAAGUCGGAGAGAGCAUCAUACGAUCAAUGCGAUAUGAGCCUUGCACGAAUAUCGCAGAUACGCAACAAAUACUCGAACAGAGAUUAAUUAACAUAGAUUUCGAAACUAAUCCGCCUACAGAGAUUCUUCCUCAUAGAGCUGCGUAUUUUCGGAGUUUUCCAUUGUUGGAUAACGUUGCAUUGAAUAAAGAACCUGCUCAAAGUAUACUUCGCAGUAGAAGAGGGCAGACACAAUGGAAAUAUAAGAUGAAAUCCAUGGAUACCAAUGGAAAACCUGCAACAUCUCAAGAAUCUCAAUCACCUCGACCUCAAACUAAACUCUCGGCGGAUAUGAGUCCCGCUUUGAUAGCACAAGCAAAUUGGACAUUCGUAGAAAAAUUGCUCAAGGAUUGUAAAUCCAAGACAAAGAGAAUGUUAGUGGAGAAGAUGGGAUCGGAAGCUGUCGCGCUUGGUCAUGGCGGCGAGUCUCUGUCUGAUGUUGAAGAGAACACUCUAGUCGCUAGUCUCUGUGAUCUGUUGGAACGAGUGUGGAGUCAUGGGCUUCAAAACAAGCAGGGCAAGAGCGCUCUCUGGUCGCACUUGACCAUGUACCAGGAAUCAGAAGAAUGCAAUGACACGACUAAGUCUAUAGAUCCCAACUUUCUUUCCCCUGCUAAGAAAUCUCCGAAUAAAUUUUUCGGGAUACGAGAUCGUUUGGCUUCAUCUUUGAGAGGCAAAAGUAUUAUUGAAAUUGCUUAUUACAUCAAGGACAAUUUUAAUGAUUUAUCGAAUUUACAAUUGGAAACGGAUGUUUCACCUACAAGAGGUACGGAUAAACACAAAUCUUCUGGUGAGAGAAAAACUGGUCCUGAACACUUGAGGCCUCUCCCAGAUUCUUUAAUUUUUGACAUCCGCAACGUUCAAGCGAUGACCGAUAUCAAAACACAUAUUGGAUACGCAAGAGCGUGGGUGCGAUUAGCACUCGAGAAGAAAUUGCUAUCGCGUCAUUUGAAGACGUUACUAUCGAAUACUGCUCUAUUGAGGAGCCAGUAUAAACGAUCAGCGUUCUUACGCUGUGAGGAAGAGAAAGAGCAAUUUUUGUAUCACCUUUUGACACUGAACGCUGUUGACUAUUUUUGUUUCACAAAUAACUACCCAAUGACGAAACUACCUUAUCGAGUUGUGAUAUUCCCCAGUCGAAAGGCAAGCGCUGCCACAACUUCAGCUAAUAGUUGGAUUGCUAUUUCUGGUACACUUUGCGAAACUAAUCCUGUACCUAUUCCAAAGGGGGCACUUGAAUUUGUAUUUCAUCAUAAAAAUUUAGGCGUGUUGUCUACGUUACGGAUUGGACAUGACAAUACUGGAUUAUCACCAAAAUGGAUGGUGGAACACGUUGUAGUAAGAAACGAAGUAACUGGACACAUGUUUAAGUUUCCCUGUGGUCGUUGGCUUGGUAGAGGAAUAGAUGACGGGUCUACCGAACGUUUAUUAGUAGGUGCUUUAGUACCUCGAAGUAUUGACAGCGAAGAGUUGGUAGAAUCAUGUUCCACACCUCCAAGAUGCAGAUCUCCGAGUAUACCUAGACGUCCUAUAUUGUCACAAGUUGAACUGCAACACAUGCUUGGCGAAGCUGUAAACGCCAUAGUCAAAUAUCAUUACAGAAGAGAAUGUCAAGAUGGUUCCUUGACAGCAUUGUUAUGCGGAGAAGGCGGUCUCGUGCCGUCUUUGGAACAAAUAUUUUUAUUUGGCUUUAAAAAUCAGAGAAUAUUUGGAAGAAACUUCUAUGUGUGGGACUAUCUCUUACGCGUAAAAGAAAAUUUCGAGAUUUCUCUGCUAGAGGAAAUGGACGAGUAUUCUCAAAGACUCAAUCGAGAUAGAAGAGUAUAUUCAGAAAGCAGCCAAAGAUUCACGAUCUUGAGAUGUUAUUGUCACCUCAUCGAUCAAAUCAAUAUGUUUAGUCAAACUUUGGGGAAAGAUGGAAAAUUUCAGUUAUUUAUUUGUUUAGCAGUGAGAGAGCAACUUCUUCAUCCUAUGCUGCGGCCAAUGAGCGAUGCGCGUUCUACAGCGGAUAUGUACGAAGAGAAUUCGUUUUUGAGAAAUCCCACGUUAUUAACUUUUCUUAUUCAUAUUCUUGAGCCGUUGAGCGAGUUUCAUAUUGUUCUCGAGAAAAGCCUGACUCACGGAAUUUCAAGUAUAUGUUAGUAUUUGCCAAAACAUGUCGAUAUACACUAAUUUGUUGCAAAUAUUCCAUGUUCUUUUAAUAAGUGACAAAUCGUGAUAUUUCUCUUAAAAAUGGUACGUCUGGCUUUUCAACAUUAUCAGUAAAAAUUGAUUUAUUUUGUUUUCAAUUAUUGACGAAAUUAAAACAAUCAAGCCUUGUGUGUAUAUAGUACUAUCAUAUAUCACUUGACAAAAGAAUUAAACAAUAACAAAUAAAUUCGAUUGUUAUUACGUGGGAUAAUAAAAAGCUUGGAAAAUUUCACUAUUAAGAGAGAGAUUAGAUGGAUUUAAUAUUAAAACUGAAGACUGUUAUGGGGUAUGGCUGUAGAAUAUGCUUUUACAAAUAACAAACUAGCGACAAGAGAUUAAUGCGAGAUUUAUUAGAUAUAACAUUGAAUAAGGAGAACAUAAAUCUCGUUCUGUUUCAGAAGCUUACGAUAUUAUCACCGGUGAUAAGAAAUUAAUGUAUAAUCAGAAUGUAUUUGGCCCCAUCUUGCCAUAGUUAUUAGCACAUGAUAAAGGUGAUGUUCGUUGAAAUAUUGAUACUAAUGAUAAAUUGUGUACCAAAGAUGUGAUCCUAUUCAAUCAAUAUUAUUUUACAUUAUCAUUACUGUUAGAUGUUAAGUUUCUUUAUUAUUAUAUGUGGUUAUAUAUUUUUAAUGCAUGCAAAAUACUUUUAAAAUAAUUUUUAUAAGUACAUCCGAAUUAACAAUGAUUUUUUUACUCCGCGUGAAGAUAGUUUCCUAAUAUGUUCGAAAAAUUGUCAAAAUAUUCACACAUAACUUGAUGAGUCUCGGAUUUUAGAUAGAAAAAAAGAAUAUUUUUUUUAAUGGCUGUGCUCGAAUAUAACUUAUAUCGAACGUGAACACUAACAUGACAUUUUUAUGUUACAUUGUAUAAUUAUUGCAGCAAACUUUAAGAUAUAUAUGUUCCAAGAAUUAUACGUACGGAAAGUUUUGUAAUUUUAUUAAAAUAACCGUUUUUGCCCUCUGGAUGCUUGGUAAAGCAUUUAUACUUGAAAUAAUUAUUAAUUAAUUAAUAUAUAUAAUAAUAUAAACAAUUUAAAUUAAAUUUAUAUUAAAUAAUAUAAAUAAUUUAAAUUAAAAUUAUAUAUUUUCUAAUAUAAAUAUUUUAAAAAUAAUUAAUUAUUUAUAUGCAAUAAAUUUAUAUAUUUUAAUUAUAACAGCAGUACAAGAGGGUAAGAACUGUCACUGAAUUGUAUUGUAUAUGGACCAAAUGACGUAAUCAUCUUUAGGUUGAUGUAUUUUUGUUAAUUUUUGUUAAAACUAAAGUAUAAUUUAAUAUCUGUUUAUUUUUUCUAUAUUCUUUAGUCUCACAUUCAUAAAACAAGAAACAUGGAUGGGCAAAACUUUCUGAUCGAUCAAAUAUUGCCUCAAAAUCGGAAGGUAUCGAUAUUGUUAUAAAUUUGAUAUACUCAACUAGUUUUUGUAAGCACACACAAAAUCGAGUAAGAUAAUAUUGUACACUGUAAAAAAUAAUUCCUAAAGUACAAUCGAGUGUCUGAUUCAGAAUUUUAUUGGAUAAUUAAGAACUAAGAAUCGCGUUUAAUAUCUUUCUCAACAUUUAAUUCCAUGAUGUUAAGUGCAUUGUGUGACAAAUUUCUCAUUAUUAUAACCAAAUAUGAUAUUAUGAUCAACAUAUGUGUAUCCGAAAUUUUAAUAUUUACAUAUAUUCGUUAAAUAUAUUUUGUUUGAAAGUCCUUGACGAUUUAACAUGAUAUGUGAGAAUUACAUUUAGAUUCAGUCCAUUCAGAGGUUCAACCUGAGAUAGAUUAUUGAGAUUAUGAUGGAAAAACAUUUGCUUAAUAGAUAAAGCAUUUGGAAAAAUCUGAAGAACUUGAAAAUAUUUGCCAAGCAUGUUACAAACAAUGCGAAACUACGUAAUUAAAAUUACUAGUAACAUGAAUUUCUACGUUGAUCUAAUUAUAUGCUACUAUCAUAUUAAUAUUGAAAUAUGACUUUCGAUAUAGAUUAAUGGAGGCUAUAAAAGAGAUGUAAAUAAAUAAGUAUGGAAUAAAUACCGAGCCACAGAUGGAGAAUUUUAACUUAACAGAGCGAUCACUUUUCAUCGAAUCCAGUAUUCUUUCCAGAGUAUAACAUUGAACAUGUUUCGUAAUUUCGGCGAUUAUUUUGUCAUUAUUAUAUUAACUUAUUUGCAGAUCUUGACGUUCCUGUAGAUUUUUUUCGCCCUCCCCAAGUUAAUUUUCCCCAAGUUAAAAGAUCUUUCUUUCUUCGCGACACAUGGUUGUAAUUGUUAAAUUGGAUAAUGUGACUAAUCAUGAAAAUCGGAUUCCAUUAGCGAUACUCUAUGAAUGUUGUUUUAUCUUAUGUUUCAUGAUCUUUUCUCAAUAUUUGAAGUUGAAACCGUGCAAGAGAUUUGGCAUUGUAGUGAGAAAGAUAAAUAGAAAGAAAUUUUGUUGGCCUUAUUGUACAAUAUACUUUCGACUCUAAUUUGCAAGAAUAUUGUGAGAAAACUAAGUCUGUAAUGUUGAAAUACAGGAUAGAAAAUCCAGGCAUAACAAAUAUACUUUCCAAAAUGUAGAUAUGUUUCUUUCUUUAUCUAACUCUAGAUCUACAUAUUUAUUGUUACAUCGUCAAGGAUCGGUGAUUGUACUUCAUUCAGUUAAUUAGCAAUGCAUUUGUACUACAGUAAUUUAAAAGAUAAGAAUUUUUUUAAAUGUAUAAUUUUACGAAAUUAAUCAUACAAUCAAAUUAUUUCUUUAAUUAAAACUGCAUUGUCCGAGGACUACUCAUUUCUAUUUUGUAUUGUCUUCUAGCGAAGAAGAAAGAAACAUUUCUUCAUUUUGCGAAAAGAUUUUAAGAUUUUACUACGGUUGUUCAAAAAGUAAUGCUUUACAUUUUUUUGUUGAUAACUGUUUAUUUAACAUAAAUAAAAUUCACACUCAGCAAAAGUACAUGUUUCAACUACAUAUGUUAAUUUUCUACAAAUUCUCCAUUCAGUUAUGGUCUUGCUUACUUUUUAAACAACUGUAGUAGAUUUGUGCAUCAUAUUUGUAAAGCAACAAAAACUUACAACGUUGUUAUAAAAAAAUUUAUGUAGCCAAUAUGUAUUGUGAUUAUUUUAGACUGACGACCAAUAUUCAUAUUACUUUUGUAAGUGUACGUUAUGUUAACAUCUUCGCAGCUGCAUUUUACAUAACCAUGUUGAAGUAAAGCUGCAAUUGUAUAUGAGAUCGAAUAAUUUCAUAGCAAACAUUUUAUACGAAUACUUUUCUAAAUAUACAUAAUGUUCGGGUCAACGGGUGAGAGAAAAUUUAAUAAUUCAAGAUGAUAAAACGAUAAUGAAAACUAAGUUGCAAUGGAUGUUUUGUUUUUUUUUAAUUUUAAAUAUUGAAAUAUAUAAAUAAUAUAACGUGUUUUAGCCUAUUUUUACAUGAGUGUUGAAAUAUUCCAAAUUACAAAAUCAAGAAUAACAAACUUUUGAUAAAGCUUUUUUUUCUAGUCUGAAUAAUUACGUGUUAUUUUUAUAUCAAUAUUUAAAUACGUACAAUUAAAAACAAAGCUUUAAUUGAAAUUUUGUCGUAAUUUCUAUUUUAUUUUAUCAUCUAAAAUCUAGAAUCACUUCUUAAAUUUUCACCAAUCUAUUGCCUAACAUUUUGUAUGUCCUUCGUCAUUGAUAUUACAUUAUGUGCACUUUGUAAAACAUAAUAUAGCCGAUUAGUGCAGUACAAAAUUGUAAAAACAAAGCUAUUUUAACGGCAUCGAUGACGAUAUAUACGGCAGUGAUACUUUCACGUGAGCUCAUUCACUGUGGUGAUUCAAUACUUAUUGCAGCCUAUAAUUUCUAAUAAUUUCUUGUCCUUUACAAGAUUGUUAUCCUAUUGUAUAUAAAUGAAAUUUAUUAUAAAAUUUCCUCAUUACUAUAUAAGAAGUUUUACAAAUUAUUCAUUAUGUGAGUUGUAUAUAUACAUAUAUAAAUAUAUACAUUGUAAGGUAUAUUAUGUACAGUAGAAAUAAAUCACUAUCAUAAAAAU